UUUCUACCACCCUUUUGCCCCUCUUUGGAUACCUUCAACGGUCGCGUGACACACUGACAUACCACGGAACGACGUGUCCGUCACUACGUUGCUGUCGUCCAGGUCAGAAUGACCAGACAAGUGUCAGUAUCGAUUCACCUGGCUGCUGGUUAUGCCACAUUGAGCGAAGCAUUUCCGGACGUAGGAUCUGAUCAAUCAGACAGGAUCCAAUGAUCGACAUGCAUGCCGAUAAAAUGUAGUCACGGAUAUCACCGAAGGAUGCACAGCUUCCGACAACUUUUAUUUGGAACACUGAUCCUCGCGACGCAUCAUCAUAUCAGCCAUGGGCAGAAUGGCACGACCACCGACGAGCCGUAUUCUGUAGAGUCAACAAUACCCGAGGAAGUGAAAAUAACAACGUGGAACGACAUGCCAUUUUCCGGCCUAGCAAUGGAGAACGGCACGUGGGUGGGAAAAGGUUACGCGUUUUAUUUACUCGAGUUGCUCAGUUCCAAAUUAAAUUUCACGUACACCAUUGUGCCGCCGAAACAGCACAUUCUAGGCAACAAGGACAGCGGAAUAGUGAAUUUACUUUACGAGAAGAAGGUGGACAUGGCAGUGGCUUUCUUGCCGACUUUGCCGGAGUUGCGGAAAUAUUGCACGUUCAGCACAGCCUUGGACCAGGGCGAACUAACAGCUUUGAUGAAACGACCGCAAGAAUCAGCAACCGGUUCGGGACUGCUCGCACCGUUCCACCAAACUGUCUGGUUAUUGGUCCUGGCUGCGGUGCUCUCGGUAGGACCGAUUAUCUACGUCUUCGCCACGUUUAGGGCGAAAUUGUGGAACGAUCUUAACUCGGAGAAUUAUAACCUGUUUUCCUGUAUGUGGUUUGUGUACAGUUCUUUGUUGAAGCAGGGAACGAACAUAGCUGCAACAACAGACUCAACGCGAAUUCUAUUUGCCACGUGGUGGGUGUUCAUCUUGAUACUGACGUCCUUCUACACGGCGAAUCUCACCGCAUUCCUCACAAGGCCGCAAUUCACCUUGCCGAUCAAUUCUCUAAAUGAUAUAGCGCGCAAAGGUUAUCACUGGGUCACUUACAAAGGACGCACAAUCGAGUAUUUGAUCACUCAGUAUCACCCGGACGAAUUGACUCCGUUGAAUUCUACGAGAUGGAAAGGCCACUAUAUCACGGCAUAUGAACAUCCAGUUGAAGCUAUUCUCAAAGCCGUCGAUAAGAAUCAACUAUUCCUCGCGGAAGCCCAUUACCUUCAGACCCUGAUAUUCGAGGAUUACAUCAAUAAAACCCGGCUGCAUCUGGAGCAUCAGAAAAAGUGUACAUACGUCAUUAUGCCUAGCACGAUUCUUGUCACCAGCAGAGCGUUCGCCUUCCCUUUAGGAUCUUCUUUAGAAAAACCGAUCAACAAGGAGCUGAUGGCUCUGGUGGAGUCCGGUAUAAUAAAACGCGCGAAACUGAGAGAUCUACCGCUCGCGGAAGUAUGCCCGGUGGAUCUUCGCUCCACCGAACGGCAAUUGACGAACUCCGACUUGUCCCUGACUUACAAAGUCGUAAUCACCGGAUACGCGAUCGCGUCGAUGAUCUUCUUCAUCGAGCUAAUAAUGAGAUGUACCACAAACAUUUACAAGCGACGAAAAGCAACCGGCAAAUGUUGCGACUGCACCACUUUCAGCUGCUGCAAACCGAAGCGACAGUCGAAAACAGUUGCUACUCCAGAACUAGUGUAUAUCAGUAAAAAUCAUUUACUCGACAGCCAGAUCAAUUUGAAGCAAGAUGGGAAGAGAAACAUGAGACCGUAUCCGAACGUUCCGCAUAAUAUCAUUCACGGGAAAAAACACUGCAUCAACGGACGCGAUUAUUACGUCGUGAUAGAUCGCGGCGGCGAUCAAAGAUUGAUACCCAUCCGCACGCCAUCCGCGUUUCUGUUUCAGUACGCGGCAUAGCCGAAAGGACGAUGACUUACAUUUUGCACAAUCUCAACGAGCCACGGAACUCAUUAAAGAUUUUAAAAUAUUAAUCACAUAUCAAAUAUCAUACGUCGCCAGUAAUCAUAUUAUCAUAUUCCGACAAAGUGUUCUAAUAUCACGAUGUACAAAGUGUCCUGAAUUAUUCUUGAAAUAAAGACCCAGCCUG